UGAGAUAUGGUCUAACCACGUUCACAGAGAAGGAACUUGAUUAGUAGUCACAGACGUAAACCAUAACUCUCUCUCUCUCUCUCUCUCUCGGCUCGAAUCGGAGAUCGUUCCAGGAGAGGCUUGAUCUGUGAAAAUGGGGGAGAAUGAUAUCGACGUGGAAGAAGGAACUUUGGAGAUCGGCAUGGAGUACAGAACUGUUUCUGGUGUUGCAGGACCAUUGGUCAUUCUUGACAAAGUGAAAGGUCCAAAGUACCAGGAGAUUGUUAAUAUUCGCUUAGGAGAUGGAUCUACAAGACGUGGUCAGGUUUUGGAAGUCGAUGGCGAGAAAGCUGUUGUCCAGGUUUUUGAAGGGACAUCUGGAAUUGACAACAAGUUUACCACUGUGCAAUUUACUGGAGAGGUUUUGAAAACACCUGUAUCAUUGGACAUGCUUGGCCGCAUAUUUAACGGUUCUGGAAAACCAAUUGAUAAUGGCCCUCCUAUUUUGCCAGAGGCAUACCUUGAUAUCUCAGGAAGUUCAAUCAACCCCAGUGAAAGAACCUAUCCAGAAGAGAUGAUUCAGACAGGGAUUUCGACCAUCGAUGUCAUGAAUUCCAUUGCUCGUGGACAGAAGAUUCCUCUUUUCUCUGCUGCUGGUCUUCCACAUAAUGAAAUUGCUGCUCAGAUUUGUCGUCAGGCUGGUCUUGUCAAGCGUUUGGAGAAAACUGUUGAUCUACUUGAGGAUCAUGGAGAGGACAAUUUUGCAAUUGUGUUUGCAGCUAUGGGUGUGAACAUGGAGACAGCUCAGUUCUUCAAGCGAGAUUUUGAAGAAAAUGGAUCAAUGGAGAGAGUUACUCUUUUCCUGAACCUGGCCAAUGACCCAACCAUUGAGAGAAUCAUCACUCCUCGAAUUGCCCUCACAACAGCUGAAUAUCUGGCUUAUGAAUGUGGGAAACACGUCCUUGUUAUAUUGACCGAUAUGAGUUCUUAUGCUGAUGCCCUUCGUGAGGUUUCUGCUGCCCGAGAAGAAGUUCCUGGAAGACGUGGAUAUCCUGGUUAUAUGUACACUGAUCUUGCAACUAUUUAUGAACGUGCUGGGCGUAUCGAAGGAAGAAAAGGUUCCAUCACCCAAAUCCCAAUCCUCACUAUGCCCAAUGACGAUAUCACGCAUCCAACUCCAGAUCUUACUGGUUACAUUACUGAAGGUCAGAUAUAUAUUGAUAGACAGCUUCACAACAGACAGAUAUAUCCACCCAUCAACGUGCUUCCAUCUCUUUCUCGUUUAAUGAAGAGCGCUAUUGGCGAAGGCAUGACUCGCAAAGACCAUUCAGAUGUGUCGAACCAACUGUAUGCUAAUUAUGCAAUUGGUAAAGAUGUUCAAGCGAUGAAAGCUGUUGUUGGAGAAGAAGCACUUUCUUCAGAGGAUCUGCUCUAUCUAGAGUUUUUAGACAAGUUUGAGAGAAAGUUUGUGAUGCAAGGAGCUUACGACACACGAAACAUCUUCCAGUCGCUGGACUUAGCUUGGACAUUGCUCCGUAUCUUCCCACGCGAGCUUCUUCAUCGUAUCCCUGCUAAGACACUUGACCAAUUCUACAGCCGAGACGCAACCAGUUAAAUCAGGUAAUGGAAGAAACUCUUAUCCUAUCGAAAACUCUUUCCAGGUGAAAACUGUGAAUUUUGUGAUGUAUUUGUUUGAUGUUUAUAUAGAGAAACAAAAAAAAGAGAGCUAUAUAUAUUUUGUUAUCUUCCAAUAUUUGUGAUUUUUUGGUUCUGUAAUAUGUUCCAAAGUGAAUAAAAAUCGAUGAAACGAUGUCGUAUUGACAAUACCUUCUUA